AUGACCCCCUGGGGGCGUGCCCGGCUGGGGGCGUUCCCGUCACAGACCGGAAGCCGCCUCGGUGGAGGGGGCUCGGUCCGCGCGCUUCCGGCGGAAGUGACGUCACAGCCCCCGCCGCCAUGGCGCCCGCCGCGCUGCUCGUCCGCUCCGCCCGCUCCCUCCUUCGCUCCGCGGCCCGGCCCGGCCCGGCCCCGCGCGGCAUCGUGUCGGGGCCGCCGCAGAGCCCGCUCGGGGCCGCGGAGAGCGUGGUGGGCUUCGUCGCCAUGUUCCUGUCCUGCCUCGGCCCCGCCGCCUGGGUGCUCGCGCACCUCAGCGACUACAAGAAGCGGGAGGAGUGAGACGGGAACCACCACCCCCUUCCUCCUCCCCCCGCCGCGCCGGGAACACCCGCUCCGGGACCCCCCAGGACCAAGACCCCCCCCCAGGACCAGGAGCCCUCCCAGCACCGGAACCCCACGAGACGGGGACCCUGGUUCUGGGACCACCAUCACCGAGACCACCCAAGUACCGGGACGCCACUACUGGGACCACCAGCACUGGAGCCCCCAGGACUGGGACCACCCCAGGACCGGGACCACCGAGCGGGCCCCGCGCGCCGAUGGGACCCUCCCUCAUGCCCCCCCCACGACCCCCAAUAAAGGCCCUGGAGCCGCUUCCUGUUCCCCGGUGUCUGUCCGCUUUUGAUGACGUCACACGCGG